AGGUGUCCUCUUGUGCACGAACUUGCUGGAUUGAGGCGGCCCAUGGGCUUCUCUUUCCGCUCACACUCUUUUGCCCCAGCCACCAAGAUUCAGUCAGUAAUAGGUACACAUCUCCUCUUGUUCCAGCAUCGCCGAACCCGAACCACGCCGUCCGGUCCACCCCGAGAGGAGAGCGCAGCGACAUGCCGGCGACGCCGACCAUCAUCGGUGCCCUGCUGGGGCUGGGCACCCAGAUGUACUCCAACGCCCUCCGGAAGCUCCCCUACAUGCGCCAUCCCUGGGAGCAUGUGCUGGGAAUGGGUCUGGGUGUUGUGUUUGUAAACCAACUGGUGAAGUUUGAUGAGAAGGUCAAGGUGGACCUUGACAAGAUGCUUGAGCGUGCGAAACACGCCAAUGAGCAGCGCUACUUUGACGAAGACGACGAUUAGCUAUUCAAAUUUGUUUGGCGGCUACCAGGGUUUUUGCAGUUUGCUUUGGUCAGAAAAACUGGCUCCGCAUUUCAUCUGCGGUAGUGUAAUAAACUGAUGUUUCACAGUACUUGGGUUGUACUUGUACGGGAGACCUUUUUAUGGUACUUGAAUCUGAUUGAUUACCUUCUCUGAA